GAUUACAGCAGUGCUGUGAUACACACUUCCUCAUAGUGCCACGCCCAGCAAAAUAAUGAAUCAAAGUACACACACACACACACACACACACACACACACACACACACACAGGUGUGUCAGUGUAUAAAAGCAGCUGAGUGAGGCAGCAGAGUCAGUUAUCGUGUUACAGACUUAAAGAGCUUUUGUGUUUAUUUCCUCAGGAUGAAGAUUCUGAUUAUUCUACAGAUCACCGCAGCAUUAGCAGCAGUGUGUGUGGCGCAGCAGGAGUGUGUGAGCGGGGCAUGUUAUCCUCCACUGGGCAAUUUACUGACAGGCCGAGAGACUGAACUCAGAGCCUCGUCCACAUGUGGUCUCACCGGCAUUGAGGUGUUCUGUACACCUUUAGGACAGUGGAAGAUGAAGUGCUGUCCAUGUGACUCAAGAACUGCAGCAGGUCGAAACACACACACUAUCCAGAAUGUUCUCAGUGGAGCUGGACCUGAGCGCUGGUGGCAGAGCAAGAAAGCUGUGAGUCCUGUCACUAUAGAGUUGGACCUGAAACAGCUGUUUUACAUCGACAACCUACUAUUGUACUUCAAGGGUCCGAGGCCGGAUGCUCUGGUGAUUGAGAGGUCGUCUGAUUUCGGGAGGUCGUGGACUCCGAAGCUCUACAUGGCCACUGACUGUGAAUCCACGUUCCCUCAUGUCCUUACAACAACCUCUGACCUUGACAACCCCCACUGCUACACACUGCCCUCCAAUGCCAAUAACCCCUUCCAGGACCAGAAGGUGUAUUUCCACCCUCUGUUGCAGUAUUCCAGCAUUCCUCUCCCACAUGAACAGAAGAUUGAGAGGCUUUCAGGUUAUACAGGGCUGCGUGUGAACCUGACUCAGUUUGGGGCAGUGCCUUACACACCUGGCCGACACCCAUCACGCUUCUAUGCCCUGAAGGAGGUGAAGGUGACUGGCUCCUGCUUCUGCCAUGGCCAUGCUGACCGCUGCCUUCGUGGCCCCAAAGACCUGCCCAACACAGAGGUAUAUGGUGCAUGUGACUGUCAACACAACACAGCAGGUGUGAACUGUGAGCGCUGUGCUGACCUUUACAACGACCUUCCAUGGCAACCAGCAGAAAGAGACAACACACACACCUGCAAACGUUGUGAGUGUAAUAACCAUUCCCAGCGUUGUCAUUUUGACUCUGAGGUGUAUGAGCUCAGUGGGCAACGGAGUGGUGGAGUGUGUGAGGCGUGUACACACCACACAACAGGAACACACUGUGAACGCUGCGCUGACAACUAUUACAGGAAUCCCCGGAGCAACAUGCAGAGACCUGACGCAUGCUUACGGUGUCAGUGUAACAGUGCAGGGUCAGAGGUCGGGCGUCAGUGUGAUGAGGUCACUGGGGUAUGUCGCUGUAAGAAGAAUGUAGAAGGAGCACGCUGUGAGCGCUGUAAACCCGGAUACUAUGGCCUCAGCAGUAUGAACCCACUCGGCUGCUCCAAGUGCUCCUGCAGUGCAGUCGGUUCCCUCCACAGUGUGUGUGAUGCAGUGACAGGUCAGUGUGCAUGUAGGCCAAAUGUGGGAGGAAGAUCAUGUGACCAGUGUGCCGAGGGAUUCUGGAACUCGUCAUCAGGCUGUCGGCCAUGUGACUGUGACCUCACCAACACCAUCGGCAACACCUGUGACCAGUUAACAGGUCAGUGUGUGUGCCGUCCUGGUUUUGGGGGUCGAACCUGCAGCAGCUGUCCAGAAAACAUGUAUGGAGACCCACUAACCGGCUGCAGACCGUGUGCAUGUGACCGUGCGGGUAGCAUGUCCGGGGGGUGUGACCGUCGUACAGGUGUGUGUGUGUGCAAACCAGGUGUGGUCGGGGACAGGUGUGACAUGUGUGGGCGUGGUCACUGUGCUCAGUUCCCUCACUGCCCCAUCUGUCCAUCCUGCUUCUCCUCGCUCGAUGCAGAGCUGCAGAACCUCACACUCCAUCUGCUCUACCUCAAACAAAAACUCACACCACCACCCCAAAUCCCCCCAAACACACUUCAGCGCAUCACAGAUGCACAGCACACACUCUGGCAAAUCAUCAGUGCACUGAAACUCCUCCCUAACAACAGAGACCUAUACAGCAAUUAUACACACCGUUUAUACACACUGCGCUCCGAGUUGAAGGGCGUGGAGGAGGAUUUGAGACGUACAGGUAUAGUUUAUUCUCCAGACCUGGAGGUGGAGUUACGCAGGCUUCAGGAACAGCUCUCUGACCUUCAUCUGGUUUACAAUGACAAAAAACAAGCAGCAAGUCACCUCAAUAACUCCAACUAUGCUGAAGUCCUGGAUGCUGUAGAAAAUGCCUUCAACAGAUCCACAGAUGCGGUGAAACAUGCAGACAAAACAGCAGACACUGUGAACAAAUCAGCGUCAGUCAGAGACGAUGCCAUUAAAGGCCUGAAGAACAUACAGCCAAUCAAUACGCAGAACCUGCAGAUGCUCGGGGAGGACCUGGCAACCCGUCCCAACCUCACCCCCACAGCCACAAAAGUAUGUGGCAGUAGGCGUGUGUUGCCAUGUACCCCACAGCAGUGUGAGGGUGAGAUGUGUCCUGCAGACAGAGUGCCCCCCUGUGUUCAGGGCCAGAAGUGCGUGGGAGCUUUACCAUGGAGCCAGAGGGCGGAGCAAGACACAGUGGAAGUGAAGGACAAACUGCAACAACUCAAUGACAAGAUUACUCAGGCAUACAAACAGAUUCAGAAAUCCCAGGACUCGACCAAUCAGGUAAGACUGUCUGCAGAUGAGCUGUCCAAUCGGAUGAAGCGUACUCGUGAUGACAUCGAUGAGGGACUGAAGGACAUUAAAGAGUUUGUUAAGAAGCUGAAGGACUUCCUGUCAGACCCAACCUCUGACCCUGCAGCAGUGCAGCGUGUGUGUGAGGGUGUGUUGGGUGUGAAGCUUCCUGAGACGGUCGAUGCUCUAAAGAAGAAGCUGAAAGAGAUUCAGGAUGUGGCUGCCUCACUGCCCGACACCAGCAUGGUCCUAAAAAAUGCCAGCUCACAGCUGCAGGAGGCGGAGCAAUUACUGCAGGAUGCCAAGAAUGCCAGGGAUACAGCACUGGGUCUGCAGAAGAGCACUGAUAGGGUUCUGGAGUCCCUGAAUGAUGGGGAGAAUGCUCUUGUUGACAUGGAGGAGAAACUGCUGCACAACCGCAACAUCAUUGACCAAAUCAGAAAUAAAAUCCAGAACGUGGAAGAUGUUCUGUUCCCUGUUGAGGCUUUAGUGAAUAGGGGAUUUGGGGAAGUUGAUACACUGCGUCCCCUGCUGGACCCUCUGAAGGAGGCUGUGCAGAGAGGAACGGAACUAGCAGAGGAGGCGGGGGAGAAGGCAGAGGAAGCGGAGCUUGAGGCAAACACUGCAGCACAGGACCUGGAAUUACUGCAGCAGCAGUUGUUGAAGCUGAAGCAGAAUACAAACAAUAACACAGAUGCAGCAGGAAAACGUCUGCAGACACUACAGACUGAGGCGACACACCUGAUUCAGGACACAGCCGACAUCCUGGACCAACUCACAGAUAAGGAGGCGGAGCUGCGACAGUUGGGGGAGGAGUUCACAUUGAACUCUCAGAUGCUGGACGGUUUGGAGUCUCGACUGAACGAACUGAUCAUGAGCAUCAAUGCUAAAGUUGGCAACCUCAGCGGGUGUGUGGGCUGAACACCUUUACCUUCUUUAAAUGCAAAUUUUUAACUUAAUGUGAACAGUAUUUUUUUGUAAAUGUUAAGGUUGUGGUUUUUGUUUAAUAAAAAAAAAAUUGAGCUGA